GCUCCUUUAUGGUAUUGUAUUCCGUAUACUUUCUUUUGGUAUAUUUCCAAUCCAAUGGUCCCGAAGAAUAUCCUCCUAGUGAUUACAAAAUCCAUAUAACCAUUGCUAUGACUGUGACAUGUCUGAAGAAGUAACCCAGGCAACGAUCGUAGUGAGAUUGAGUCGGAAGAUACUGAUAGAAUACAUAUUUUCAAGCGUGACAUUUCGCAGACUGUCGGCUUCGUCAGGCGUCAUGAACAGCAAUCAAAAUCAGGCCACUGACGAUCAAUGCGAUGAGAUGCACCCAAGCUACAUAGCGACAGUCGGCUAUAUAGCCAACCUACAACGCCAUUCAAAUGCUAUACUGCAGGAUGCAGAUCGUCCUCACGCACAACGACCAGGAUCUUCAAACUUUGACCAAGAAGCGCCCCUAUACGCCCACCUUGCACAUACGGUCGUUAGCCUCCAACCAUAUCUAAACACGAUAUACACGCCCCCUAUUCCCUGGGACAUAGAGCAUCUCACCAUUGCCUCGAUUCACGCGCUAAUCACUAGCCUCCGACCUACGAUCCGCGCCAUAAUCAACUGCCACAUCACAACCCUCGUUCUUGCCCCUAUGAUGCCUGAAGAACUCUCUUUCGACGUACAUCCCGCGAUGGUAGCCUCCAUCCGAGACGCAAUAAUGCGGCGUUUCGUCGAGGUCUUUGAGCCAUUAUACCAAGCAAGAUAUGCUACAGGGCCAGAUGGGCCAGGAGACAGGGAGUUCGUGAGGGUGGUCAUAGUGGAGAUACCGCAGCUGGUGGAGGAGAGAGUCGGGGAAGAAUUGAUGGAGAGACUAAAGCAAGACUUGGGAAAUACGGAUAAAUAUCACAAUAUGAACUGGGACUCUUUCAAAUAUUCCCGUUAA